AUGGUCACCGAGAAGGACUCCGAGGACGAUCAGUCACAACAAGCACAAUUGUCCUUCUUUGAACGCUAUUUUUGCAAAACAACCUCACGGCCUGGUUCUGGAACUGGUGACGAGAAUGAUGCAGCACCAACACGGAAAUUUUCCGUUCUAUCUCGAGGAUUCGUUACAGUAUCAGCACUUCUUUGCCUAAUUAUAGUAGUCACAUUAUGUGCGGUUCUGGCCACAGUUUUUGUUCGAAACCAGAAACAAGAGCAAGCGAUUCGUCGGGCUCCUGUUCAUGAGGCAAUAUUUGCCAAUUUCGCGGAUCCAGUGGUGGUUAAGCACGAGGGCUUGUUCUACGCAUUUGCAACGACCAACGCAGCAGGAAUUCUCUCACAAACGAAUGACACGGCCAUCAUCGCCCUUGGCAAAAGCAACGUACAAAUAGCGACAAGCCCGGACUUUAGAGACUGGACUCUGCUGGACCACUCGCACGAUGCCCUUCCAAAAAUGGGUGACUGGGUCAGAAAGGGGCUCAACGAGAACCAGAACCCAAGAGCGGCAGUCUGGGCUCCGGCGGUCAUGAAAAGACCCAGUGAUGGCAAGUACAUCAUGUAUUAUUCCGCCGCGGUCGAGAACACAACGUACGUAGCCUUUUCGUCUCAUUGCAUCGGAGCCGCAAUCUCGGAGACAUCGUCGCCAGCCGGCCCAUAUCUUCCGUUGAACACGACUAUAUCUUGCCCCGUCGCAGAGGGCGGCGCUAUCGACCCGACCCCCUUCAUCGAUACAGAUGGAUCCAUCUAUCUUGCAUGGAAGAUUGAUGGUAACAACAUCGGGCACGGCGGAGUUUGCAAGAACUCGGAACAUCCACUCGUACCAACGCCUAUCAAGCUGCAGAAAAUGAUGGCAGACGGAGUGACACCAGAUGGUCAGGAUGUCACCAUCCUUGACCGCACGGAUGAAGAUGGCCCCCUCGUAGAAGCACCAGUCAUUGUCAGAAGCACAGAAGGCAUCUACUUCCUGUUCUUUUCUUCUGGAUGCACGCGAGAUCCUUCUUACGAUGUAAAAUAUGCCUGGGCGAAUGACGUCCGCGGUCCCUACACUCGUGCGAAGAAGCCUUUGCUCAGGACAGGUGACUUCAACCUGACUGCGCCGGGGUCGAUCGGCCUGACGGACAUGGAGGAGGACGGGACCCAUGGAAUGGUCUUUCACGCUCGGGUCCAGGCACCGUACGGUAAAGUAAGAGCGAUGUAUACCUCGAGCAUCCGGUUCAACGGCACCGAAGUCCUGUUGGUUAAGAAGAAAGUCUAG